AAAUCGGUUUAGGUGGUCCGAUAAAAUUCGCACCAGGAAACUAAAUGUGACGCCGAGCAAUUCCGGGUUUUCGACUGGCCGCCGCGCGUUUCACCGGGGUUGAUUAGAAAGCGGUGAACGUUUCUCGCUUUCGGGAUGCAAAAUGGCGGAUCCUGUGUAUGUGAAUAACUGAACUGGUCGUUCCGUGUUUUCCGUCUUAUGGUGCGGCCCCGUGAACAAAUGGCAAAGCCUAGGAAAAAGUGAUGGUUGUUGGACGCAGAUCGGACGUACAGGAUUCAAGUUCCACAACCAGAUAGUAGUUGGGUAAAUUGGGUGUAAGAGAUGUCGGACCAGAACCAGCCGGUGAAUGGACAAACAAUCGAAUACCAAUGGGCGUACAGCAUCAUGGACUCGAGUCGCGUGUCCACGUUCCUCAUCUCCAUGCUGCUGAUCGUUUACGGAUCGUUCAGGAGCCUCAACAUGGAACAGGAGGCAAGGGACAGGGCCAAUGGCUCCACCAACUGUCUCCUCAAUCCGUCGCAGAGCGUUCAAACUGAGAACAGCGUCCAGACGUUGGACACGAUGCAAGCGUUGUGUCUACCAUUGGGCGCCAGCAUUUCGUUGCUUGUCAUGUUCUUUUUCUUUGACUCCAUGCAGAUGCUGUUUGCUAUUUGCACUGCCAUAAUUGCGACUGUGGCUCUGGCAUUUUUGUUAUUGCCUAUGUGCCAGUACAUAAUAAGGCCUUGUUCUGAUGGCAACAAGAUUUCCUUUGGUGUUUGUGGCAGGUUUACCAUGGCUGAACUGUUGUCUUUCUCCUUGUCAGUUUUUAUUGUCUGUAUAUGGGUAUUAACUGGACACUGGUUGUUGAUGGAUGCAAUGGGUAUGGGUUUGUGUGUGGCUUUUAUCGCAUUUGUAAGACUACCCAGCUUGAAAGUUUCAACUUUAUUGUUAACUGGACUGUUGAUUUACGACGUAUUUUGGGUGUUUUUCUCGUCGUAUAUUUUCAGCACAAACGUCAUGGUGAAGGUGGCGACUCGCCCGGCCGAGAACCCGGUGGGUCUGGUGGCACGGAAGCUGCACAUAGGCGGCGUGGCCAAGGAGGCUCCGAAGCUCUCGCUGCCCGGCAAGCUGGUGUUCCCCAGCAUCCACAACACGGGCCACUUCUCGAUGCUGGGCCUCGGUGACAUAGUCAUGCCCGGCCUGCUGCUGUGCUUCGUGCUGCGCUACGACGCGUACAAAAAGAGCCAGGGCCUGAGCGGAUCGCGUCUCACGUACUUUCACUGCUCCCUCCUGGGCUACUUCCUCGGGCUGUUGACCGCCACCGUCAGCUCGGAGGUGUUCAAGGCGGCGCAGCCCGCUCUGCUGUACUUGGUGCCGUUCACGUUACUGCCCCUCUUGACCAUGGCGUAUCUGAAGGGAGACUUGAGGAGGAUGUGGUCGGAGCCGUUCAAAUCCCUCGCAGCCUCCAAACAUUUACAGGACGUGUGAUAAACGUUUACAAAACAAACAUGAAUAAACAAUGAAUCUAGCUGAAGAAAUCAAGUGUCUGAACAAAUUCUAGUGAGCAAAUGUACUAACCGAUUUUUUUUUUUUUAACAAGCUGCGACUACAGGAUGAAACAGCGAAUUUUCCUUUUAAUGAGUUACAUAUUUUUGUCCGUAAAAUUAUUAAUUAUUAUUACUAUUAUCGUUAAUAUUAUUAUUAUAAUUAUGAUAGAAUCAAUGUCAAUUUAUGAUUAGACAAAAAAUGUGGUAAAAACCGAUUUUCUCUCUAAUUUUGUGUUUCGCAAUGACUGAACAAAACAAAACCAAACAUUGUUUUUGCCACAUUUUAAUUUUCUUUUUUACGUGCGAAUAAAAAUUGCCACACAACACAAAAUAUGAUUCUUUUCUGUGAUAAUUUCUUUCAUUUCACUCUCACACGUUUUUUUUAUAUAAAUAAACGGGAAGUUGCUUUUCCUACUGUGCAAUUUUCCUUAUAUAAAAUCUAUUAUAAAAUAAUUCAUCACAUUUUCGGUAAUUUGUAUGUUUUUUCGAUGAUUAUAAAAUAUAAUGAGAUAUAUUAUAAAUACGAAUAUGUUUAGUUGCUUUAAAGAUCAUGUGAAAUAUUAGACUAAGGAAUUUGUGUUAUUGUUUUUUAUAUUGAGAAGUAUAGUUUAAAUAAAUUAUGUAUUAAAUAUAA